AUGGGGGACAGAAAGGACACCAAAAGGGAUAGAAAGGACACCAAAAGGGGCAGAAAGGACACCAAAAAGGGACAGGAAGGACACCAAAAAGGCAGAAAGGACACCAAAAAGGACAGAAAGGACACCAAAAAGGGACAGGAAGGACACCAAAAGGGAAAGGACACCAAAAAGGGACAGGAAGGACACCAAAAAGGGGCAGAAAGGACACCAAAAAGGACAGAAAGGACACCAAAAGGGACAGAAAGGACACCAAAAAGGACAGAAAGGACACCAAAGGGACAGAAAGGACACCAAAGGGACAGAAAGGACACUAAAAGGGGCAGAAAGGACACCAAAAGGGAUAGAAAGGACACCAAAAGGGAUAGAAAGGACACCAAAAAGGGACAGGAAGGACACCAAAGGGACAGAAAGGACACCAAAAAGGGACAGAAAGGACAC